AUGAAGGAUAUGGGUUUAUUUUUCCCUAAAUUGUCCAAAGAAAAUUUGGUUGGUUUUGCAGAUGCAGGUUAUUUGUCUGAUCCACAUAAUGCUCGAUCACAAACUGGAUAUGUGUUCACAUACGGUGGUACUACCAUUUUUUGGCGUUCCAUGAAACAAACCAUUGCAGCUACUUCUUCCAAUCAUUCUGAGAUAUUAGCAAUUCAUGAAGCUAGUCAUGAAUGUGUAUGGUUAAGGUCGGUAAUCCAACAUAUAAAAGACGUUUGCGGUUUAUCAUCCUGGAAAGAGGCACCGACAACUUUAUAUGAGGAUAAUGCAGCUUGUAUUGCGCAACUUAAGGAAGGAUACAUUAAAGGCGACAGAACAAAGCACAUCUCACCCAAAUAUUUCCUCGCUCAUGAUCUUCAGAAGAAUGGAGAUAUAAAUGUUUUGCAGAUUCGUUCAAGUGAGAAUUUAGCAAACUUAUUCACUAAGGCUCUCCCAACCGCAACAUUUAAAAAAUUAGUUUAUCGUAUUGGAUUGCGCCGUCUCAAAGAUCUUCAGUGA